UUUUUUUCUCAGAUCCAUCUCUGUUCUCCUAUGGUAUAUAGAUCAAACCAAAAUCUCAGGGUGGGCAGCGGCCCACCCUGUCCACCCUCUGCCUUCCCCUCUUGUCCAACAUAUACCAUUUUCUACAACUAGUUUCUAUUUAAAAAAGUUGUAUAGCAGAAAGAGGCUAGUUAUCUAGCAAACGUAAGAUAAACUGGAUUGUGCCGUCUGUGACAUUGCUGUUGCUAUUUAGGACUACACCAACUAUGUGAGUUUGUUGGCAGUGUUAUGUUAUUAGCAUUUGGAAGAUAACUGCUCUUACAUAUCUUUUGUGAGGCAAACAUAAGAAUUGAGUUACUUGGUAACUGAUUUAUGAAACACACACACAUAAUGCAGUAAUUUUGAGUCUUUGGUUUGUGCGUAAGGCUGUUUGGUUCCAAGAAAUUUGUGAAAUCAUAUGCAUGACCUUGACAUAUGCUUCGAUGCUUGACCUUAACAUAUGAUUUUAACAUUGUUUGGUAAAGAUAUCAUGUCGAGGAUACCUCGACGGCUUCGAAGCCUAAACAUCCCAGAGCAAGCUUCUGAAAGUGUACAAUCAGAUGAAGAAAAUUUACAAGGCCCUCCAGAGAUUGAUGAUCUAGUACCAAAAAAGCCUCCUGAAUCUACUCGGCAAAUUAAAAUAAUUUGUAAGCUCAAUUUUCUUUUUCAAACACAUAUCUAGUGUGCUGUAUAUGGUCCAGUUAUAUGACAUUGUGAUACUCUUGCAUGCAGGGCCAAAUGGAGAUGUGCGACAGAUUAUAGGGGAAUUCCGAGGUAAAAAUUUGUCGGAAUUACGUGGGGGCAAGAUAAUUGUGGAGACUGACAGAAGUGGAAUUCCAAAUGGAAGGUCGGCUGCCAUUCUAGGUCAACAUCUUACCUGGCUUGCAGAAAACUCAACAUUUGCACCAUUGCAUAUUCCAAGAUGGGACAAUGAAUUGUUUCUACAAAAACAUGGGCAGAUGAUCACAGAUGUGGAGGUAAAAAAUUUAUAGCACUGUUCAAGGCUGUUCAUUUCACAUUGCUGAUUGUCAAUUUUAAUAUUUGAAGGAGAAAUUUAUCUACCCCAAUGAGACUAGACAACUUACAAGAGACUGGAUCCUAUUGAAUAUUAACAAAAGAUGGAGAGUGUAUAAGUCUCGUUUGAAAAGUAAAUAUUUCAAGCGUGAGAAGAAGUCUUUGGCUGAAAUUGUAGCAGGUGUUCCCAAAGGUGUUAAUGCACAUCAAUGGGAUACUCUUGUUGGGUUUUGGUGCCAGGAUUCACACAUGGUAAUGUGUUAUAUUCUCAUACUUAAUCUGGCGUACAUAACUACUUUGGUGACAUUAAUAUUGACUAGAUGUGUUCUUUUCCCAGAAAUUAUGCGAGAAGAACACCGAGUGUGCAAAGAAGCAGAAGAAUCCACAUACAACCGGGAGAAAAAGCCAUGCUAGGCUCAGAAAAGAGAUGGUCAAACUUUUUCUUUCUAAAGAUGGCUCAGAAAAGUUUUGUUAGUGAAGAAAACUGAACAUGUUCUAACAGAAACACUAACAAACAUUCUAAUUUACUUUGUUGAACAGGAAAUUAAGAACAAUCGAAAGGUUAGCAAGAUUGAACUAUGGGAUGAAGCUCAUAAGCAGAAGAAGGACGGUGAAUACAAAAAUGCGAAUACAAAGAUAGUGAUGGUAUACUUCUACUUGUGAUUAAAGUAAAGGCUUUAAUUUAAAACUACUUAGUAUAAUGAGAUGUUUUUUAUUUAUUUCAAUAGGAGAAACUGGAAGAAAGAAAGAAAGAUAACAAUGGGAACCUUUCAUUUAGUGAUUAUAGAGAAGUAUUUAAAAGCGUGCAUGGGGAAGAGGCAAAAAAACUUCGAGGGUAUUAUGGUGACAAGUAUUGGAGCGAAAUAAAAGUUUCUCAGGGACUGACUUUUGUUCAGCAUCCCGAGAAAGAAGGAAAUGUUCAAUUUAGACUGCGGGCACUAGGUGAUAAUGUAGAAAAUGUGACAGAUGAGUUGGCUAUGAUCCGUUCGUUCCUGAAGCGAAAAUUCCCCACAGAGGAUUUGAGAAAUGAAUUUGUAACCGCGAGAAGUGAUGAAGUUAGUACCACACCUCUUUCUACAAAGAUAAAAAUAUGAGUAUUAAUAUACUAUUAUCAUGUUCUUGUUUCAGGUUGAUCUCAACGAAAGAGUUGUUGGCAGUGACCUCCCAAAUGAAUCACAUAACGAAGCUGAAGAAUAUGCUCCAUUGAGUGCUAUGCAGGAACUAUAUCCUAGCGAUUGUGCACGAACCAAAGAGUGUUACACCGGUUUAUCGUUACCACAAGAAAAAAUGGUUGCUAAGAAAGCACACAUUGAAAAGUUUCAUAGGGCCAAUCAAGGAAGUGGAGAAUCAACUUUGCCAGACAAGCAGAUCACUACCCAGGAAUUGCAUCCUAGUUUUUCUGUGAGAACCAAAGAGGGUUACACUGGUUUAUCUUUACCACACAUGGUUGCUAAGAAGGCACGCAUUGAAAUGUUUGAUAAGGACAAUCAAGGCUGCGCAGAAUCAACCAAAGACGAUUACACCAAUGAAGGAAGUGCAGAAUUAACUUUACUGGAUAAGCAGAUUACUGCCCAGGAAUUGCAUCCUAGCUUUUCUUCCAGAACCAAAGAGGAUUGCACUGGUUCAUCUUUACCACACAUGGUUUCUAAGGUGUGUCUGUAUGCAUAAACUUCUGAUUCUUUGUCAAACAAUGUCUAUGUUUUGUGUAUGUUUACUUACAACUGAACUAAACCUCAACUGUAGAAAGCGCACACUGAAAAAAAUGAUAGGAUAAAUCAAGGGUGUGCAGAAUCAACUUUACCGAACAAGACUAACCAGGAAUUGCAUCCUAGCAAUUGCGCAAGAACCAAAGAGGGUUGCACCAGUUUAUC